AUGAAUGGAAAAGUUAUUUCUCACUCACAAUCAUCACGUAUUGCGGUAAGAUCGUCACCGAAAUGCCAAUAUUCGGCAAUGAACAAUGUGAAAACAUUACAUUCGAUUGAAGAUGCUAAAGAAUACACUCAAGAUCUUGCUGACAUUUGGGAACUGAAGCGUUAUCAAAAUGGUAAAGAAUUUGUUGCCAUAUUACUGAGAGCGCUUGAUCAACGAGAACAUCCAGAAAUUGCAUAUUAUUAUGCAUUUACCGAUGCACACGGUGGAAACUAUUAUAUUUUGGUUAUUAUUCAUAAAUAUGCGGACAGAAUAGAAAUUUGUUUUUCGUAUCAAGAAAUGACUCUUGUUAGAGGCGCCUAUAGCGGUAUUGCAUUAUCGGAACAUAAACCAAUUUCUUGGCUAAAAGAAAAUGCAUCACAAAGUUUAGAGGCACAUAUGAAAAUAGUAAGAAGUUUUAGUGAAAUUUAUACACUGCACAAUCUAACGGUGUAUCAAGUGAUGUUGGUGGUGAUAUGUACGGCUAUGAUUCGCAUGGAUAAGUGUUACAACAAUGCGGUAAAAAGUGAAGCAAAAAUAGUUUCUUAAAUUGGACCAAGACACACACACAUACACAAGAACUAUCCCUCUUUAUUAAUCAGGACAUUUUCCAUGCACUGCCAAAAUAAAAACAAAUUAAAUAUUAUCUUAUUUUUAAAUUUUUUUAAUGUUUUCUUCGAGAACGUAUAUUUUACAUUGCUUUUCAAAUGAAUUCUUUCUCUCAUCUGACUAACUUUUUAAAAUUUGUAGAUCUAUCUUAAUCAACAAUCAGUUACGUCCAAGAAUGACUAGCCGAAUGCGAAUUGCAAUUAAUCGAAAUGAUUUUGAUGCAGCAGAAUUUUAUCGAAAGAGCGGUCAACAUCAAGAAUUUAAAGAAAAUACCUCAGCGACAGAAUCCAUCUAUAUCUAUGCUGUUAUUUAACCGCAUAAGGAUGGCAGAGUCACGGUGAUUUUCUCGCAACACUGUGUAAUAUCGAAUGGUACAAUUACAAAUGAAGUAAUCGAAUGGUGCAAACAAGAAGCUGGUCGAAAUUUGAAAUCCAUGCUGCCGAAAAGCAUUGAUUUUGAUUACAAUUUCUCAUAGUGACAUCCAAAAUUGCUGAACAAUACAUAAUCGAGAACUUUGUGCUGCAUCUUUUUCUUCUCAACCUUUUGUAAAAAUUAUAUACACUUCAGAUCCAAUAUGAAUUAAAUGGGAAAACUAUUUGAACUGCUUCAAUCACAGAUAGCAAGAGGAAGGAAACUUAGACGAAGAGACUAAAACAGAAUGUUUUACAGAGCAGCACAAGAAGUGCAAAAAUAUAGCGAUCAAACGGUGUCGGGUGUAGGCGUGGUUGGAGUUUUGAUUGAGGUUUGUCAUAGUGUUCUUGAAGAGUUAUACUAUGCAACCAACCUUAAACUCAAACGGCAAUUUUAUCAGCAAAUGUUUGUUGGUACUACAGGAGCCUAAUGGUACUUUCGGUGUCAAUGUUAAGAAAAGUUUAUUUCGACUGAAAAAUUUAUUAGCAGAAUGCUCCAACUCUGGGAAAGUAAAUACUUCUAUUUUGAAUCUAUACUAUGAUGAAAUAUUUUUAAAAAAAUCAUCUAAAAUGGUAUUCAAUCAUGACACCUUUGCCGUAAAAUUCCAGAAAGAUAAGUUUAAUCAAUGUUUUCAAAAAGGUUCUAUAAGAUUACAGAUUCCACAAAAAUGUACAUCAACACAUCAAUCUUUAGAUACAUUUGUUUUCAGACAGUGGAAAAACUUUGCAAAGAGAUGUUGUAAUAGAGUGGCUCUCGAUGAAUUAAAUUACGAUUUGUGAUCUCGUAAUGGAAUAAUAAGGUUACAGUCAUUAAUUUACAAUCAGUUAACAUCAGAUGUAUUCUCACCUAUGUGGAGAUAUGCUUGGAUGAAAGCAGGUUUUUUUUCAGAGAACUAUGAAGCAUUUGAAACUGUCGAUCAAAUUUGUUUUCAUAAUAUUGACUUGACUUGUUCUUUGUGUGAUGAGAGUUCAUUUAUCAAAUGUGGGUUUGCUAAUUGUAAAAGAGUUUUAUGUUUUCACCAUUUUUAUGACUCAUAUCAUUAACAUUAAUUUGUGAUAGACACGCAAUGUUACUACAGCGCGAAUGUCUUUGUCUAUGCUUAAAUAAAAUAUCACAAGUCCAUUCCACCGUCUUUAUUCAUUGACUUUUGACCUUUGACUUCAGGCUUUGGUAGACUAUUGAAAACUUCGAUCGUAGAAAAUCUACUCUUAAACAAUCUCUUGGCACAAAUGAUAGUGAUAUUAGUUAAUAACUCAACAAGCUCUACAAAAUGGCCUCACCAAAAUUUAAAACGCGAUUUAUCAGUUCUAAACGUUCCCUCGUAAGCUUAAACUUCUAUAAUAUAACGAAUUAGUUAUUUUGUUUAUUGCAGUUUGAGGCACGCAGGUAAAUCGUUGAGUAAGUUUUAUCUCUUUAAGUUGCUUACAUUGAUUUGUUUGUAUGUUGCAGGUUGUUUGGCAUAUGGAAAUCAUCGUUGGCGACGAUUUGUAAACUGUUGUGCCGUCGGUGGUAUGCGUGGCGUUUCGAAUGUUUCUGAAAAGCACUAGGGAGGUAUAUUUCAAAUGAAUCGAUACUAUAUUGAAAAGAGUCUUAUAAUAAUUUGCUGUCUUGAUGUGGAAAAUUACUCUAUAGGUUAUUUACAUUUCCGUUUGGUUCGUUUGAUGUAUAUAGUUCUUUGGUUUUGCGAAAUACUACAAAUGGUACGCAUGCCAUUGACGGCACUUAUGGUGUUAUGUGAAAAUUUGGCUACUCAAAUGUGGAACAAGGUUUAGUGCAGAUAAUUUUGUAGAAAAUCUUGUAUACAGAUGGCCGGUGUAAGCUCAGUACGGAACUCUUGCUACGAAACCUCGCUUUCCUGCUUCUCGAAUUGGUUUUCUACCAAACCUUUCCUCCAAAACCUUUUUUCUAAUUGUGAGAAAUGGUUUUGUACGAAACCUUUGAUACGAAACCUUUAUUCCACUUAUUUAAUUAAGGUUCAGUGCAAAACCUUUGCUGCAGAACCUUUAUUUAAGUUUUCGAUAUAUCGUUUGUUACCGAGCCUCCUUUUCCACAAAACCAAAAAAGGAUCUUUCCGUGUACCGAGGAUAAGAUCCUUUUUAGGUUUAGGAAAAAACCGUUUAUUAGAGUGUACACCAUUGUUUUUCUUUUACGAAUUGGUCUAGUAUUGUGAGCAUCGAUGUGAAAAUUCGGGUGGUUUUCUUUUAUAUUUCGAUGGCUACUUAUUUUCUACCUAUUAUUCUGGUUACGAUUAUCUACAUUCGCAUUAUUUUAUUUACGCAUCAUUAAAUAGCAAAGUUUUCACAAACACAGCAAAACAGACGUGGCC